AUGUCGGUGUUGGAUAGCCUUAGAUGGCACACGUUCUCGCAGACGCACGACGAGUCAGCAUCUACGGAGGGCAAAAGCGGCGUCCCACGAUUCGACGGCGAUUCGGCACGUCUGGCCGAGUACAGCUUCAGAGUGAGGUUGAAGCAGGCGCGUGAGAAGGCAAUGGCGCCUGAGGAGCUGAAGAAGCUGGGGCCAUUGGGCAUCAGGCUCAUAGAUGGUCUCAGAGGACCUGCCUUGCAGGUGGCCCGCAACCUCGCCGUGGACAAGCUGGCUGGCGAUGAAGGACCGGACUACUUGCUCCAGUCCAUGCAGACGAUGCUACAGCCUCGAAGCCGCCAAGAGAACGCUGGACUCAGCGAGGAUCACAAGCUCCUGAUCCGCACCGCCAUUGGAGGAGAUGUCACAUGGAAGAAGGUGUGCGAGGAACUGGUGGCGCAACACUCUCGUAUCCAUGAGCGGGAGUCCAGGCAUCGACAAGGAGGACUACAUGGAGGCAGCAGCAAGGGCAAGUACUACAACAAGGGAUCCAACAAGGGCUACAACAAGGGCAAAGCACCAUGGAGGUCGCAUCACGCUGAGGAUGAACGAGAAGACACAUGGGAGAACGCAUCCCAGUCGCUGGGAGGCUAUGAGGACUACGACAAUGCGGCCUACUAUGGAGAGGAUGCGGAGCUCUACAACGACGACUAUGAGGACCCGGGCUACCAUGUGUUCCAGGCGAUGAUCGACGAGGGCCUGGACGAGACCGACCAGGAGGCCAUUGACUAUGCCUCGGACAUCCUCCAAGCGGAGAGCGAGGUGUUCUACGCCAGACAGAAGGCGCAAGAGACAGGCCAUUAUGGUUUCUGGUCUCAGGGACGCAGCUAUGAAGUCAGAGGCAACCUGACGCUGGAGGAGAAGAAAGCCCGCAUCCAAGCUAUGAAAGCCAAGACAACAUGCAGGCGCUGUGGGCAGUAUGGACAUUGGGGCGAUGAUGCAGCGUGCCCCAAGAAUGUGCGCAAAGGUGGCAGCAAGAGCAAAGGACCGAAAGGAGCUACAUCGUCUACUACCAGUACAACACCCUCCAAGGGCGGCAAGUCUGGCAAAGGCAAGAACCAGGACAAGCCGAGAACGGUGUACUUCACGGUCAACGAGUACGAGGACGACAAGGCCACCGCUUCCACUGCCUACAUGGCGAUCAAGGUGGAGGACAAGAGCGCUGACGAGAUGCUGGACGAGAUGAUCAAGGAAGCACAGGCCAGAUCACAGAUGGAGUCAAUGCGACCCGACAAUCUUCCACAACGACUUCAAGAUGAACACGCAGUUCUGGUGGCUCAGCUGAGCGUACCAGGGGAUCGAUGGCAGCGCUCGGAAGCGAGGAUGCGCUACCUUGACCUCUACCUGGCCCGCUACGAGAAUCGACAAGAUCCAGAAUGGCAAGACGCCUAUCAGGAGAGAUGGUCGGAGAUGGUACCUGGCCAUCCACUCUUUGGAGAGCAAGACCGACAGAACCUGGUGAGAUGGGCGGCAAAGGCAGCACAAGGACUUCCGAAGAUCCCUGAACUACCUUCAGCAGGUUCAGGACUUUCAGAUGAUCAACGUCGAGCUCUACGUGAUGCAGAACGACGACAAGUGGAACAAGAACAUGAUCUACCCCGAGGAUUUCUGGAGCCGCCACCGGAGAGCCCAUCACCCAGUGGAGUCUGUCAGCACUUGAGGACGACCAAGCAAGGUUCUAAUCCUCACCAACGCCAGGUGAAAUGCAGAGACCGUGGAGAAGUUCUGGAGAAGGAGAAGUUGGCCAAGGCCGAGAAGAUGAAGACAGAGGAUGAGCAGGAGUGCGCACACGAGCUCAAGGACUAUAGAGGAUCUACUUCAACGUCAUGGAAGUGGACAUGUCAGAAGUGGACAUGUCAGAAGUGCGGACACGUUGAACGUGGCAGCAAACAGCCUGGACAGAGCGCACGUGAAGCAGCUGCGACACCCUCACCUGCAUCGGUGACCCCUACGCCUACGACACCUUUGGAUGACGAGGACAACCAGGUGGACGAGAUCAUGAACCUGGUGGGUCAUGUGUUGGAGGUGCAACGGGAGCUGGGCGUACAUGUCUCAGUGCAGCAGCUGGACAAGAUCUAUGACAAGUGCAAGGAGUCUGUGGUGAGGUUGUUGGAUCAGGAGACGUUGACCGCUGGAGUUCCUCGUGGACGUUCCUACAACGAGGUCUACGUCGGCGAGGUCCCCUACACCAAGACGUUGAUCGGAAAGCUCAAGAGCUGCACUCUCAAGGACCCUGAAUUGGUCAAGUACGCCGAGUACGCAGAGAAGCGCAAGGAGCAGUCAUCUGGAUGCGAAGCCUACGCCGUGAACUUUGGUGGCGACCCUGAUGGCAAGGUUUUGGCAGUUUUGGAUACUGGCUGCAACAAUACAUGCCAUGGUGACAGAUGGAUGGCAAGAUUCCACCAGAUGUAUGGAAUGAUGCCAGCAGCCGAACCAGCCGAUGGAAGAUUCAAGGGCGUUGGAGGACGAGUGUCGGUGACGUGCAAGAGGACGAUCCCCUUGCACAUGAAGACCCUCGACCAGGAGUACGUGCCCAGCACCAUCACUUCCAUUGAGCUGGAGGACAGCGAUGCGCCGUUGCUUCUUAGCUCAGGAGCACAGAAGACUCUGGGAUUGGUGAUUGACAUGGGCAAGCACACCGCCUACAGCAGGACUUUGGACCGUGAGCUCGAGCUCUUGGACUACAAUGGACUUCCUGCAGUUCGUCUUCAUCCUGGAGAAGUUCGACCCGGCAGCAUCGCCAUGACCGCUACUGUGGAUGAGGCCAUGAUUGACACCAACGACACUACGGAGUAUGUCAUCGUGUCUGACGAUGAAGAGACGGUUGAGGAGCAGCGGCGAGAGGAGAAGCGGCGAGAGGAGAUGAUUGAGGAGGCUGAGGUGAGACACAUGCCAGCAGUGGAAGGCAGCGUCAAGGUUCUCAACAAGAAGCAGAAGAAGCACUUGCAGGAGAGAACAAGAGGCCUUCAAGGAUGCUUCCCAUUGAGCUACAUGGCAGUCCACAUGGGCUUCAACAUCUCUUCACCCAUCGACGUCAUCUACGACAACCGCUAUGACCUCUUGCAGAAGGCCAACAGGGACAAGAUCGACCAGAUGAUUGAGGAGGACGACCCCUUCCUGCUCUCUAUGAGCCCCGUUUGCGGACCUUGGAGUUCUUGGCAGAACGUCAACAUGAGCAAGUCGGAGGAGCUCUACGAAAAGAUCAUGGCGGACCGCAAAAGUUGGUACCCUGUGCUCAAGUGGCUUGCUGGAGUGGUGCGCAAACGGAUUCAGAAGGGGAGAGAGAUCGUGCUGGAAAACCCUUGGCCAUCAUUGCUGUGGAAGCUACGCUUCAUGGAGGACCUCUACACGGAGCCCCUCAUACAUCCAGUCACAGGAGAACCUGUUGAACUUUGCCGACUGGAUCAAUGCAUGUAUGUUCUCGAAGGAGAAUCUGGACUUCCUCAUCAGAAGGCCACCGGGAUGCUUCUAUCGUCAGGUGAGAUGAAGAAGUACCUGACGACCCGGUGCGACAGGAGCCAUGAGCAUGAACCCCUUGAAGGAGGCCAGAGGACGAAAAGAGCGCAGCAAUGGCCAGAGGAUCUCUGUUUUGCCAUUAUGUAUGGAGCCCAGGAGGAGUUGCGCAAGCAAGUUUUGAAGGUGGGCUUUUCCAUGGAGUAUGAGCAGGAAGAGCGAGAGGAGCAAGGGCCGCUGGAUGCAAUCAACAACAUGGAUGAUGUGAGCGAGAUGCCAUGGAAGAGAAGGAGGAUUGACCUACAUGAGUUGGACAGAGAAGAGGACUAUGAGGAGCACAAGGAGGACGAGCUGGUCGCGCAGAAAGAACGAGAUCGACGACAAGGGUGGCUACAGACCACCAAGGACCAGCGAGUGGCCAUACGACGCCUGCACACCAUGAUGGGCCACUGUUCCAACCAGGCACUCAUUCGACUUCUACGAGCAUCCAUGGCGGACAAGAAGGUGAUCACGGCAGCUCAACACUUCAGGCGCCCCAGUUGCGACGAGGUCAAGAAGGUUGAGCAACCACGUGAAACCCGACCUCUACGGCCAGAUCACCAACUCAGGUUCAACUACGAGGUGUCCAUCGAUGUGUUCGAGGUGCAUGACAGCAGAGGAGGCCGUCACGCAAUCCUCAGCAUGGUGGACAUGGCUACCCGCUACCACAUUGCAGUUCGGGUAGGUGGAGGUGGAACUCCCUCAUCUCAUGUCUGUGCCGAAGCCCUGAACCUCGCUUGGAUCACCCCUUUUGGAGCCCCAACGGUGUUGGUGAGUGAUCAAGGCGUUCACAACAGAGGGAAGCUCAACAGUCUUCUACAAGGGCAUGGCGUUGAGGUGAGGAGAACAGGAGUUCAGGCAGCUUUUCAACUUGGGACUGGCGAGCGCCAGGGUGGCAUUCUGAAGGAGAUGAUUAUCCGGGCGAUCCACAACAAACAACUAUGGGGAGCCGAGAUGAUUUCCGCACUUUGCGCAGAAUCGGCACGCACCAAGAAUGUCAUGCUGAACAGCUCUGGCUAUUCCCCUGCACAAUGGGUCCUUGGACAAACUCCAGAAGAUGCCACAAGCCUCACGGGACAAUCCUUUGAUGCCAACAUGGGCGCACAUCAGAAGCUCGUGGACUUGGAGGAGGAGCCGCCUACUCAGGAGACCUUCAUGCUGCAGCUGUUGAUGAGACAGGCUGCAAAGGAGGCCUUUGUCCACGUUGACUCUUGCAACAAGGUGCGCAAGGCAUUGCUGAGGAAGAGCGAGAUUCACAAGAAGAACAUCCUGGAGCUGCGCCCCAGUCGCAAACGAGGACGAGAGCUGGUGGCGGAGGAUGAUGAGCUCUACUUGGAGGACUACAUCCCCUUUGCAGCGGACGGAGAUGCAGCCCGACAUCUACGACCACGAUAUGAAGGACAAGCACCCUUCGUGGACAUUUUGGACGCAGAUUUUCCAAUCCCUGAUGGGACCAACGACGGAGUUGACUCUGGAGUGGCUGCUAACCCAGGACAACUUCCACAACAAGCUGAGCCGGUGGUGCCGCAUGACGUUCCAGUUCCGGAACCCGAGAUGGACGACUUCGAGAUCAACACACCUACGGAGAUUGCCGAGUCCAUCGUGCGACCACCAUCAAUUCUCAGUGAUCUGAGCGGCCAACCGGAGAUGGAAGAGAGCCCGGAGACCACUGACAGGUCUGAAGUGACUUCCCCCCAUCCUGCAGGACCACCUGUGGCCUUGGGACCGCCACAACCACCACCAGGACUCCAACAAGCAUCUGAACCUACUCCACUGACGAACGCGAUGCGAGUGAGCCCUGCGAGACUGGAUGGAGACCCACGUGCCUAUCACUCAGAGGAGGAGAUCACAGCCUUGAAGAAGGAGAAGGAUAUGAUCGCUUUCUUGGCCAGCAGGAGAGCCAAGCAAGUAGCGACCCGGACAAGGAGAUUCCAGAAGAAGAACCCGAAAGCAGGAGCCGGCAGAGAAGUCACCUACGAGAAGGAGCCGCCGGACAUCCAGGAGAAGAUGCGUGCAGUGCGAGAGAAGGAAUGGGCCAAUUGGCAGAAGUACACCAAUGGCAAAUGGAUCACUGAGGCAGAGUUCCAGGAGAUGAAGAAGAAGGAUCCAAAGCUGAAGGCCAUUCCAACGCGCUGGGUGGAAACAAACAAAGCUGAGAUUGGAGAGCCAGCAGUGAUGAAAUCAAGGAUUGUGGUGAGAGGCGAUUUGGAGGACUCUUCCAAGAUGAGGACUGACUCACCAACUGUCAGCCAGGUGAUGAUCGCCACCACCAUGUGCCUUGCAGCCUGCCGCGACACUGACGUUUGGGCGGGCGACAUCUCAGCGGCAUUUCUUCAAGGCUCCACCAUGGACAGAAUCCUGGUCCUCAAGAUGCCCAAAUUUAAGGUCUACCCGGAGGAUGCGCCCAGAGGCUGGUACAAGAACCUUCAUCAGACGAUGAUUCAGAAAGGCUUCAAAGCAGUUCCACAUGAAGCUGCAGCCUACAGCCUGGUGAACGACAAGGGCGAGCUGGAGGGUUUAGCAAUUGUUCACGUGGAUGAUUUGCUAUGGACCGGAGGAGCCGAGGUGGGGAGAAGAGUGCAAGAAGUUUGCGAUGUGUAUAAGUUUGGCAAGGUGGAGAAGAACGUCUUCAAGUACUGUGGACGUGACGUCGUCAAGGACAAGGAUGGAAUCCACAUCACGUGCCCGAACUUGAUCGACCGCGUUCGGCCCAUCUACCUGACGACUGAGGAGCGCAAGAAGAAGGAGGCAAAGAUCACGGAGGUGCAUCGACAACAACUGAGGAGUAUCAUUGGAUCUCUGGCAUGGCUGGCACGCGUAUGCCGACCCGACUUGGCCUACGCGGUGAGCAAGCUUCAGUCCAACGUGCACACUGCCACCUUCGAGGACAUCCGCUAUGCCAACACGGUCAUUGCCAUCGCCCACAAGACCAAGACCGCAGGAAUCCAUUACCCUCUUCGAGCAUUUCGCUUCGAGGAUGCGGUGAUCAUUGGAUUACAAGAUUCAAGCUUUGCCAACGACCACGACGUGAACUCCGAGGGCAAGAAGCUGGGAUUCCGCAGCCAGAGCGGAAGACUUUUAUGUCUUGGACCUCCUGAGUUCAAAGAGACGAAGCAGGGACAGUUGCUGCUACUGGAUUGGCACAGCGUCACUAUCAAGCGCGUGUGCCGCUCAACGCUUCAGGCAGAAGCUAUGUCCCUGAUCUCAGGUCUGGAGGAGGCAGAACAUGUGAGGAUGAUGAUUCAUGGACUAUGUCAUCCACAAGGACGAGACGGACGACAAUGGCAAAUCGAUGCGAUGGAUGGCAGGAACAUCCAGCUCUUCACGGACUGCCGGAGCUUGGAGGCAAGGCUUCAAGGAGAAGAAGUCGGCGACCCUUUGCUGACGGACCAUCUGCCUGCCAAUGGAACUACGACCCUGGCUUGGGUGAACACGGAGAAGAUGGCGGCAGAUAGUCUCACGAAGAGCAUGAAGCCAAAGACGCUUACCCAUGUGAUGGCAGGCCUUGACCACAAGGAGCGCAAGGUCGCUGCCCAAGAGCUUGGCCAGGAAAUCAGGGUCGAGGUAGGAACGCUACCGUCAAAGAGCACGAGUAGACCUGUAUUCCACAGCAACACGCUCUACAAGGAGCAAGCGGCAAUAUUUAAGAGACUCCUCGAGCAGGAUGAAGAAGAACUCCUUAGGACGUUUUCUGAAGAGGCAGAUGUCUUUAUCGACGACGAUGACCAUCACAAUAUGGAGAAAGGGAUUGUCCAGUCAAAGAAAUGGAGCAUGGUGGCCAUACUUCUCAAUCACGUUGGUGGAGCAAAUGUGAACUAUUGUGGCCUCACAGAGAAGAUUUUUGUGGAGGAACUCUUUCCCAAACUCAAAAAGGAACUCGGUUUGACAUAUUUGAACCUCAAUGACAACCGGGGCCUCUGCGAGACGCAGGAUGGAGUGAGUAAAUUGACGACCUUUAUGAAACAGUGUCCACGGUUGAAGACCUUGAAGUUGAAACGCAGCAUUGCAAAUGAAGACUCCAAAAAAAAGUUGCUACAGGAGUGGGCAAAACAUCGCCGUGUCGAUAGUGCAGGAUUGGAACUUGAAGAUACGAAACCGACUCAAAGGACCAAGAAGUCAGAGGACACAGGCAAAUCGUUUGGGGACAAGGCUAAAUCAUGGUCUUCUAUGCCAUCUGAGAGCCAAGGGGAUGCUUGA